ACAAUUUUAAAUCUAAUCUGAAUCGAGUUGAGUUUCUAAACUAAGCGCCACACGGUCACCACGCUGUUCACUUUUGGAACACUUCCCUCAACACCACCACUUUAGCAAAGAUCAAGCGAGAAUGUCAGCUAAAAUUCUCAGCGGAAAAGAAGUUUCGGCGCAAGUGAGAGGUCAGCUGAAGAAGGAUGUGGAGCAAAUGAAACUCAAAGAUCCAAACUUCAGACCCGGUCUGGUAGUUUUACAGGUUGGUGAUCGGGAGGAUUCGAACCUGUACAUCAGCAUGAAGCUGAAAGCUGCAGCAGAGAUUGGAAUCAAUGCAACACAUAUGAGACUCCCAAAGACCGCGACAGAGGAGGAGGUGCUCCACGCCAUCACAGAAGUGAACGAGAACUCCUCCAUCCAUGGCCUCAUCGUGCAGCUGCCCUUAGAUUCAAUCAACAAGAUUGACACAGAGAAGGUGACCAACGCUGUGGCUCCAGAGAAAGACGUAGACGGACUGACCAGCAUUAAUGCAGGGAAGUUGUCACGGGGGGAUCUCGGUGAAUGCUUCAUCCCCUGCACUCCAAACGGUUGCAUGGAACUGAUCAGGCAAACAGGUGUGACCGUGGCAGGAAAGAGGGCGGUCGUGAUCGGUCGCAGUAAGAUUGUCGGCGCACCGAUGCACGAUUUGCUGCUGUGGAACCACGCCACCGUCACCACCUGCCACUCAAAAACAGCUGAUCUUCCUGAAGAGGUGGGUAAAGCAGACAUCCUGGUCGUCGGCAUUGGAAAAGCAGAGAUGGUGAAAGGAGAGUGGAUCAAAAAGGGAGCGGUGGUCAUUGAUUGUGGUAUCAACCACGUUCCAGAUGAAAGCAAAGCCAGCGGAAAGAGGGUGGUGGGAGACGUCCACUUUGACUCAGCCAAGGAGCACGCGAGCUUCAUCACACCAGUACCUGGGGGAGUGGGACCUAUGACUGUUGCCAUGCUGAUGGCGAACACCGUUCUGAGUGCAAAACGAUUCCUGGACAGCCAUCAGCCUGGAAAAUGGAACAUUUCUUACACCAAGCUUCAUUUCCAAAAGCCAGUGCCAAGUGACAUCGUGAUCUCUCGCUCCUGCAUUCCAAAAAUAAUUGACCGUCUAGCCAGGGAGGUGGGGCUGCUCUCAGAUGAGGUGGAGCUCUAUGGCAAGACCAAAGCCAAGGUCCAGCUCAGCAUCAUGGAGCGGCUGAAGUCUCAGCCGGAUGGCAAAUACGUGGUGGUCACCGGCAUUACUCCCACCCCUCUUGGGGAGGGGAAGAGCACCACCACCAUCGGCCUGGUCCAGGCCAUGGGGGCACACAUGAAGCUCAAUGUGUUCGCCUGUGUCCGGCAGCCCUCUCAGGGACCCACAUUUGGCAUUAAGGGUGGUGCUGCAGGUGGUGGUUAUUCUCAAGUUAUCCCAAUGGAGGAGUUUAACCUUCAUCUCACGGGUGACAUUCAUGCCAUCACAGCUGCCAACAACUUGGUAGCUGCUGCCAUUGAUGCUCGCAUGUUUCACGAGUUCACACAAUCAGAUAAGGCUUUGUAUAACCGCUUGGUUCCGCUCAGUGGAGGAGAGAGAAAGUUCUCACCAGUUCAGAUCAACAGGCUUAAAAAACUGGGUAUCGACAAGACGGAUCCUUCCACCCUCACAGAUGAUGAGCUCAGCCGCUUUUCCCGCCUGGACAUCGAUCCAGCCUCCGUUACCUGGCAAAGGGUUUUGGACACCAACGAUCGAUUCUUGAGGAAGAUCACUAUUGGCCAGUCUCCAACUGAGAAAGGAUACACAAGAGAGGCUCAGUUUGAUAUCACAGUGGCCAGUGAGAUCAUGGCGGUCCUGGCCCUCACCAGCAGCCUGAAGGACAUGCGGCAGCGCCUGGCUAAGAUGGUCGUAGCCACCAGCCGCAGCGGAGAGCCGAUCACCACGGAAGACCUGGGUGUGAGUGGAGCUCUAACGGUGCUGAUGAAAGAUGCCAUCAAACCAAACCUGAUGCAGACGUUGGAGGGAACACCAGUGUUUGUUCAUGCGGGCCCUUUUGCCAACAUCGCCCAUGGAAACUCUUCCAUUCUGGCUGAUAAAAUUGCGUUGAAGCUGGUUGGACCAGACGGUUUUGUAGUGACGGAAGCUGGUUUCGGUGCUGAUAUCGGCAUGGAAAAGUUCUUUAACAUCAAGUGCCGCUACUCGGGCCUGAGGCCUCAUGUAGUGGUGCUGGUGGCCACGGUGCGAGCUCUGAAGAUGCACGGCGGAGGACCGACGGUGGCUGCUGGGAUGCCGCUGCCAAAAGAAUAUAUAGAGGAGAACCUGGAGCUGCUGAAGAACGGCUGCAGCAACAUGAGGAAGCAAAUCGAAAAUGCAAAGCACUUUGGCGUGCCCGUGGUGGUGGCUGUCAAUGCUUUUAAGACUGAUACGGAGGCUGAGCUAGACUUAAUUUGCAACGUGGCGAAAGCUGCUGGAGCCUUUGACGCUGUGCACUGUUCCCACUGGGCGGAGGGUGGAGCCGGUGCUGUGGCCCUUGGUCAGGCCGUCCAGAAAGCCAGUGAGGCUCCCAGCAACUUCAAAUUCCUCUACGACUUGGAUCUCUCAAUCGCUGACAAAAUCCGAAUAAUUGCUCAGAAGAUCUAUGGAGCUGAUGACAUUGAGCUUCUCCCAGAGGCCCAGCGUAAGGUGGAGCUCUACACCAAACAGGGGUUUGGAAAACUUCCAAUCUGCAUGGCAAAGACGCACUUGUCUCUUUCUCACGAGGCGGACAAGAAGGGCGUACCGACCGGUUUUGUCCUGCCGAUCCGAGACAUCCGAGCCAGCGUGGGCGCUGGCUUCCUCUACCCUUUAGUCGGAACUAUGCCCACCAUCCCUGGCCUGCCCACUCGACCUUGUUUCUACGACAUCGACCUGGACCCUGAGACCGAGCAGGUCAACGGGCUUUUCUGAGCACGACGACGAAGCCCUUUAAUGAAGAGAGCAAAGGCACACGUGGAAUACAGACCAAGUCUGCGGACAUCCUCCCCUUAGAUUUCCUAGUUCCUCAAAAAGCUUAGGAGUUCUCCUUACUGCUAUGAGUUUUGUUGGACUUGAACAAAUAUUAAUUAAAACCGCCCUGAAUCUUUUAGAUUCUAGCCGGCUUUGUUACUUUUAUUUGGCUUUAAGUGUAGAGGGGAUGGGCUGAUCGUCAACGGUUACCAGGGUAGACAUAAUCAUAGUUUGCUACCUGUAAUUACUAGUCUGACUUUUAUUUGUGUCUCUAAUAAAAAGUUUUGACAUUCUUCUUACACAUUCUUACACCACAUUCAGAACCACAAAAACAGUUGUUUAAGCUCUUUAAUGUUGUUUUUUUCCCCUGAGCGCUACCACAUCUGGAGCAUUAUAUGUUGGGGGAAAAAAAGAAAAAACAUAAUGUUGGAACAGAAGUCUGAGACUGUACUUCACCAAAAUGUAAUUUUGAUUAAAUAUAGUUCUAUUAAAAUGCUUUGUACUGAACACUACAUUUUACUUACAUUUUUAAAAUUGCUUAACAUUUUUGUUGAUUUUGUUGUGUUGAAAUGGUUAACUUCUUUUGUGUGAAUCAGACUUUGUUUCUAUUGAUCUUUCAGAAAUGACCCAAAAAAUGAUUUUUAAUAAAUGGCUUCAAAUAAGA